UUUAAAUAAAUAAUAAAAAAAGACACAAACGCAUGUUAGCGAUGGCCUAAGCCUUAAGACAAGCACCCAUUUCUCACUGUUUCACUGUCUCUCCCGCGUGAAAUCCUCCGUCGUCAAAAUCUCAUGAGCUCACAAAAUUAAUAGCAGACGAAACACAAAACCCACUUCACCAAAUCUUCAACCUUGCCAGAUCAGCAGAGCAAUGUCGGUGGCGUGCGGCAUGGAGUGCGUGGUGAUGUUGGGCUGUAUGCGCUGGGUGUGGCGGCGCUGCACCUACAUCGGCGACGACGACAGCGCCACGUGGACAUCCGCCACCCCCGUCGAGUUCGACCCCGUCCCCCGCAUCAGCCGCUUGAUCCUCGCCGUCUACGAGCCCGAUCUCCACCACCCCAACUUCAUCCCCACCGUCGGAUUCCGCCCCAACCCCGACUGGGUCGUCAAGCGCGUCACCUACGAGCAGACCCACGGCCACGCCCCGCCCUACCUCAUCUAUGUCGACCACGACCACAAGGAGCUCGUCCUCGCGAUCCGCGGCCUCAAUUUGGUCAAAGAGAGCGACUACGAGCUCCUGCUCGACAACAAGCUCGGAAUGCAGAUGUUCGAUGGCGGGUACGUGCACCAUGGCCUGUUGAAGUCGGCGAUUUGGCUGCUCAACGAAGAAGACGAGACUUUGAAGCGGCUGUGGCUCGAGAACGGCUCUAAUUACGACAUGGUGUUCGCCGGCCACUCUUUGGGGUCUGGUGUGGCGGCUCUGUUGACUGUGAUUGUGGUGAACCACAGGAACAGGCUGGGUGGGAUCCCCAGAAGCAAGGUCAGGUGCUACGCGCUCGCUCCCGCGCGUUGUAUGUCGUUGAAUUUGGCCGUCAAGUAUGCCGAUGUUAUAUACUCUGUGGUUUUGCAGGAUGAUUUCUUGCCAAGAACUGCCACCCCCUUGGAGGAUAUUUUCAAGUCAAUUUUUUGCUUGCCCUGCUUGUUAUUUUUGGUUUGUUUGAGAGAUACCUUCAUACCAGAAGGUAGAAAGCUUAGAGAUCCCAGAAGGCUUUAUGCACCCGGCCGGAUGUAUCAUAUUGUAGAGCGCAAAUUUUGCAGAUGUGGGAGGUAUCCUCCAGAAGUCCGAACUGCCAUUCCUGUUGAAGGGAGAUUUGAACAUAUUGUCUUGUCAUGUAACGCUACAUCUGAUCAUGGAAUUAUCUGGAUAGAAAGGGAAGCAGACAAGGCUUUACAAAGAAUGAAGGAAAGUAGUUCAGAGACCAUAACGACUGCUCCAAAAGUACAAAAACUAGAAAGGUUGCAGACCAUUGAAAAAGAACACAAAGAUGCAUUGGAAAGAGCUGUCAGUUUGAACAUACCUCAUGCGGUAACAUCCAACGAGGAAGCCGCCGAAGACCAAGAACCAGAGGAUCCAAAGAGUGAGACUGAGAGUAAAGACCCUCCGGACACAAAGUCAAAGUCCACUGGGGGAAGGGCGAAGUGGGAUGAUGUAGUUGAAAAGCUUUUCAAGAAAAAGGAGUCUGGGGAUGUACUGCUAAAUAGAGAUUCAACUGCCCCAGAAUAGUGGCAUUUUUUCUUUCAGUUUCUAUUUGUCUUUCGUAUUUGAGGUUUAGGUUUUUGUGAAUAUUUCAUGAUUCAUUCUUUUGUAGUUGUUUACUUUCAACUUCGUUUUUUCGGUACAUUUCCUACCCGCUUUACAGUAUAUUAGAAUUAGGGUUUGUACAUUUUAUAGGUAAAAGAGUUGUGAUUACAUACAACUACAGGGUCCAGGAGAGAAUUACCAUUGCAGAAAAUACUCAUAUUUA